AUGGGUUCGAAGUCGAAUGCCGGUCAUCCUCACACAGGCGAUGGCGCCAGCCCUGGAAAGAUCUUCAUUGGUGGAUUGGCAAAAGACACUACAUAUGCUACAUUUACUAAGCACUUCGGGAAAUAUGGAGAGAUAGUGGACUCAGUGAUAAUGAAAGAUCGCUUCACGGGUACGCCAAGGGGUUUCGGUUUUAUUACCUAUGCCGAUCCAUCAGUUGUUGACACAGUUAUUGAGGAAACUCAUGUUAUCAAUGGCAAGCAGGUUGAGAUCAAGAGAACAAUUCCAAAAGGACAAGGGCAAUCAAAGGAUUUUAAGACAAAGAAGAUAUUUGUUGGUGGAAUCCCAUCAUCAGUCAUUGAGGAGGAGAUGAAAAGCUUCUUCUCAAAGUAUGGGAAAGUGGUAGAACACCAGAUCAUACGAGACCAUGAGACCAAUCGUUCUCGAGGCUUUGGAUUUGUAAUUUUUGACAGUGAGGAAGUUGUAGAUGAGUUGUUAUCUAAAGGAAACAUGAUUGAUAUGGCGGGUACCCAGGUGGAGAUCAAGAAAGCUGAACCAAAGAAAGCCUCAAAUCCAUCACCUGCUCCUGCAUAUGGUAGCAAUUCUAGGGCUCGUUCUUUCAAUGAUGGCUUUGGUGCAUAUGGCAGUUCUUAUGGUGGUUUUGAUGGAGGGUUUGCCCCUGGCCCUUAUAGGACACCAGGUGGUCUUGGUGGUAGAUAUGGUGGUGGUUAUGGUUAUGGUUAUGGUAGCGAUAGUGGAGAAUUUGGCGGUGGUUAUGGGGCUUUUGGCAGCAGUAGCUUAGGUGGCUAUCGAGGUGAAUCUUCCCUUGGUUAUAGUAGUCGCUUUGGACCCUAUGGUGGUGGCUUUGGUGGGGGUUAUGGUGCAAGUGGUUUAGGUGGUUAUGGCCGAGGUGGUGAAGGCUAUGGAAGUUACGGGGGUUCAAACUAUGGUGGUGGAUAUGACUCUGGUCCUGGUGCUACUUAUGGCGGAGCAGGUGGACCGUAUGGAAGGGGGGGCUAUAGUAGCAGUAGUCGGUACCAUCCCUAUGCAAGGUAG